UGUGGGCCCCACCUGUCAUGCUAUUCCUCCCCGAGGAUCCUCCCCCAAAUUCCCCAAUUCACAGGCUGCCUCGCAGCAGCUGCCGGCCACAUCGCGCGCCCGCCUCGCCGCUCUUCCCGCCGGCAGCCGCACCACAACGUCAGAUUCCUCGUCCGCUUCUGCAUAGCCACACAGGGACCCGAGCAACCAGCCUACUCCUCCCUCCCGCAUCUGUCACCGGCCGCGCCGUGGGAGCUUGCCAUUUCUUGGAUCUCUGGGCGGUCGGUGCCGGGCACGAUGUCUGGAGGCCAAGACGACCCCGAAGGCUCAGAUCAGAACAUGGACCUGGAAGAAGGCAAUACCACCACUAGGAUCAAAAGGGCAAAAGCCACAAAUUGGCCCAGGGUCAUGUCAAAGUUUUUGCUUGAUUGGUACCUUGAGAAGAAGAGAGGAAUGCCACCCAAGACCAAGUUCAAGAAGAUGCACCAUGUUUGGUGCACAUCUGCAGUUAACUCUAAAUUCAGAACAAAUUACUCUGUUGACCAGGUCCAUCGCCAUUUUAGGCGUUUCAAGGAGAUUUGGAUCAUUGUGACUCGGUAUGCCAAUGUGACUGGGAGCAGGUUCAACAAUAAACACAAAAUGCUUAUACUUCCUGCUGCCACUAUGGCUAGUUUACCUAUAGCGGAGCGUGCUAUUCUCGCCAAGCCCAUUCCAUUCUUUGACCAUCUGCUACAGCUCUUUAAUGAAGGUCAGCUGGAUGCUGCCUGCAUGAGAGACCCUAUUAUGGACGAUGAUUCUCAUGAGGAGUUGGAAGCCCAGAUUGCAUUGAAUAUUAUUGCCCAGGGUGCAGAUACAAGGGAUCAAGAUGGGGCGAACUUAGAUAUUAUUGAGUUGGAAGGUGAAGAUAACCAUCAUGAGGUGGCAGCAAGUAGCGGUGGGGUCCCUUGUGAAGUGAUGUCUGACACUAGUGCACCAUCUGCACAGCCAUCUGGGUCCUUUGCUGAGAGCACAAUGGCUGCUCUCAAGCCUAACGCAAAGAAGAUGAAGAUCAUCAGCAAAACAAAACCAAGUCCGAAGCCGCAGGCUCUAGUUCCGCAUGAUGGCAGGAACGUAGAUGCGUUGAACAGUACAUUAGUGGGGAUCCGUGACAGUGCUCCAAAACUGGUUCGAGCAGCACCAACAUCAACAUCAGAUCCAAAUGCCCCUUUAUGGAAUAUGCUAAAAGAAAUUCCACUGACUCAUCCUGAUAGGCUCUCUGUUGGAAUGUACCUUUGUAAGCCAGAGUCUGAAGUACAUCGAAGCUUUUUCAUGAACAUGGGUAAGGAGUACCUCGAAUCAUGGGCCCGUAAGUUCUUGGCUGGAGAGGAACCUGGAGCCUUAUAGUUCGAUAACUGAAUCCAGAUUGAGGCUUUCCUGCAACUGCAUCAUAGUGUGAGCAUAGACUAUGCUGCUGAGCUGUCAUUUAUAGGAUCUUGUUGUUAAUGCUGAUUUUAUGUUCUACAAUAUGCACAUCUUGUGCUUCGUCAGUUGGUAAAUAUCAGUUUGGUAGCUGUCAUGUAACUUAAUAUGUGGACAAGUUAGUUCGCAUCUCAGUUUGUAAGCCUUUCAGGUUAUUUUUAGCUCUGAAUCCCCCAGGUUGUAUAUGGUAAUUGAAAUGGUCUAAUGUUACUUGUGACAUACUCCGUCUCUUAUUUGAGUA